UAUAGCUUUUACGUCAUGAGAUGCAUGUUCGUACAAUUUCGUAUAAAGACAAAUGCUAGAAAGGAAAAAGAAGGGUACAGCCCGGCAAACCGAGGCAACCAUCUCAAUUGUCAUAUAUAUAUAUUUGCGCUUAAUAAGAAAAAUAUCAUUACAAAUAUAUACUACAUAUUUACCAAGACUUGAUCGAGCUCUCACCUUCUCUAUAGUCGAUCAGCUACGUACCUGUCAUAUCAACCAUUUAAUGCUCCCUCCAAAGACACCGUCUCUUUUUCAGUUCUACUGAUAUAUAUAUAUAUAUAUAUAUUUAUAUUUAUAUAACCCUUUCUUUCACUUCAUCUGCUUCACCAUUGAAACCAAACUCGAUCUCCAUUUCAGAUAUAUGCGACUAAUUCUUUUUCCUCCAAUAUCUACUUAAUUUCCUUGGAAGAAAAUGAAGGGAAAGUUUCUUAAGGCAUGCCUAAACAAAUGGAGGAAGAUGGGGAGUAGAGUCAUACCUUGUAGAAGUUGUGAGUACUGUAAUCAGUGGGCAAAGUGGCCUAAUUAUUCCAUGCGCCAUGAAGAGAGCUCAAUCCCAAGAGAUGUGCCAAGGGGUCACUUAGUAGUGUAUGUUGGUGAAAACUAUAAGAGGUUUGUUAUUAAAAUCACCUUGCUCAAGCACUCACUUUUCAAGUCAUUGCUGGAUCAAGCUCGAGAUGAAUAUGAUUUUACCACUGACUCCAAACUCUGCAUUCCUUGUGAUGAAAGCCUCUUCCUCGAUGUUGUUCGUUGUGCUAGCUAUCCCCCAGAUCGAAGACUCUCCCAGUGUCUUUAGGAAUUCAUGCUAGAAAUUUG